UUCAAAAUAUAUAUAAAUGGCGUCAACUUCAAGACUGGAAAACAACAAAGUGUGCUGCUAUGCCCAUCCGGAGUCUCCGUUAAUUGAGGACUAUCGAGCUGGCGACAUGAUAUGCUCAGAAUGUGGCCUGGUGGUUGGUGAUCGGGUUAUCGAUGUGGGCUCCGAAUGGCGCACAUUUAGCAAUGAAAAAAGUGGAGUGGAUCCUAGCCGUGUGGGUGGUCCAGAGAAUCCCUUACUCAGUGGCGGAGAUUUAUCCACAAUCAUCGGCCCGGGGACAGGUUCGGCAUCAUUCGAUGCCUUCGGCGCACCUAAAUACCAGAACAGACGCACAAUGAGCAGCUCAGACCGUUCACUUAUAUCAGCAUUCAAAGAAAUUUCAUCUAUGGCUGAUCGCAUCAAUCUGCCCAAAACAAUCGUCGAUCGCGCAAAUAACUUGUUCAAGCAGGUACAUGAUGGAAAGAAUCUGAAAGGACGUUCAAAUGAUGCGAAGGCAUCCGCUUGCCUGUACAUAGCGUGCCGCCAAGAGGGUGUGCCACGUACAUUCAAGGAAAUCUGUGCAGUUAGCAAGAUUAGCAAGAAGGAAAUUGGCAGAUGCUUUAAGCUAACAUUGAAAGCACUGGAAACAAGUGUUGAUUUGAUAACAACAGCCGACUUCAUGUGCCGCUUCUGUGCCAAUUUGGAUUUACCCAACAUGGUGCAGCGAGCUGCCACGCACAUUGCUAAGAAGGCCGUGGAGAUGGACAUUGUACCUGGUCGAUCGCCGAUUUCGGUGGCUGCUGCCGCUAUUUAUAUGGCAUCGCAGGCAUCGGAGCACAAGCGCAGCCAAAAGGAAAUUGGCGACAUUGCUGGUGUGGCCGAUGUCACCAUACGCCAAUCAUAUAAGCUUAUGUACCCGCAUGCUGCAAAACUGUUCCCGGAGGACUUCAAGUUCACGACUCCGAUUGAUCAGCUACCGCAAAUGUAAAAUACCUGGCAGCAGAAAGAAUCAAUAUAUAUAUAUAUAUUUAUAUUUUAUCGAUGCUCAAUUAUCACGUAUACGUCAACAACAUGGAUAUGCAUGCGAAAUGCGUUUUGUAGGACAACUCUAGAUUUAAUUUCAGUAAUGACCAUACUUUGAUCACACAGCAAACAAGUACGAUUUU